UUGUCACCACUCAGGUAAAGUGACAUUUGUAGCAGUCUAAAAAGACAUAAUAUUCUAUUUAUUUGUAAACAAAAAAGUACUGUUAUUGCAGUGAAACAGUGAAAUUUAAAUAAAAUGUGUGUUUUCGUAAAAUUGUGCUUCCUUUGCGUAAACUUGCUCUUCCAAGUGCCUUUAUCUUUCACGUCUGGACUUGGAAACGCCGAAGACACUAUAUUACUAUUAGCCAAUACAAACCACACCACUUAUACUUACCAUCACAUGCGUGAAUGUAAACAUAACGAAUUUUAUGAUUUGGAUACGUUUUCAUGUGUCGUCUGCGGCAAGGAGGAGGAAAACCUGCAAUCAACGCCAGAUAAGUUCUCCUGCGAGUGUGCUACCAAUUAUGUGUCUGUAGCGCUCUACGACACGCAUCAACAUAAUCCGUUAUGUGUUGAGAAGUGCUUAGACAUAUUAUCUAGAGACAAUGGCUGCCAAAUUCUAAUACCAAAUUCCAAUAAAACAGACUGUGAAUUCAAAUUAGUUAAUUUUACGGAAACCAACAACGACUUCCCGUCCCGAACGUUUGCUUCAGCGCGCCCAAUCCGCCUAACGCCAGCCGGCUUCCACGCAAAUGGUAUUUGCAAUAUUUGCGAUUUGAAAUAUAACUACCGUUAUCUGGACUACUGUAUAGCGAAUGCAGCGCUCAAACCAUAUUUGAAAUACAACUCAUUUUGGCAAUCGACCAACGCUAACGCUAUACACUUCGGCGACCUAAAGUUUGUGGCUUUCUUCUGUUUGGCUCUACGCAAUAACACCGCCUGCAAUCAGCUGGCGAAUCUUUGUGUAAUGUCUCACUACUCCGCGGAUAAGAAUUCGCCUUGCAGUGCGUUUCUGCUGACUCAAGUCUCCGAUGUGGCCAUUAAGUAUGCCAGCAUGGACGAGCACUUGCAGGCGACCAAACCGUCGUUGUUCUACAAAAAAGGCAAGCAGACUGCCAAAAUGCUAACAGAGCCGCUGGGCAUUAGUCCGCAGCAGCUGCAAUUUUUCAGUACUGUGUAUCAUUUGGACGGCAGUUUGCGCCGUUGGGGUGCGUUCAAAAUGAGUCAUGUCAAUUUAUGCCAAAUGCUUGCUCAAAGCGAUGCCGCCGAUUGGAAACCGCAACAGGAAAUUCAAUUUGCACGCUCCACCCAACCGAUUCGCUGCGAAUUGACUGUGGAGAAUCUGAUUGAUUUGGCUAAAAUUUACGCGAAUAACAACUUUUUCAGUUUAUUUUUGAAUAUUUCGGGUGAAAGGAAUCACGGUGCAAAAAGGAAUAAAUUGCAAGCGUUGCCGAUAUUGAUUGAAGACAUAUCACCUGAGAAUUUGCGUGCUCAAGCGGCAGAUUGGCAACUGGUGAGACGUUUCCAGCUAAUCGAAGCUCAACCCCGCCAUGCUCGCAUCCAUGAUCAGCAGACGAAAUAUGAAGACGACUUUAAGCUCUCGCUUUAUCGCAGCAUAAGAUAUGUGGAGUCUUUCGAAAUGCAUUACGAAAUUCAUGAUCACAAUCAAAUUGCCGUACCGCUGGUGAAGCUGCGCUAUCGACACAUUGAUAUGAGCGCCAAUGCAACAUUGAAUGCUGUGCAUCCAUUUAAAUUGCAAAUCAGCUUUGAGCGCUUGGGAGAGCCGACACAAAGGAAAUUCAUAUUUGAAGUGAUCUUGCUCGCCUAUUUAUUCAUCGCAUUAUCGCUGGCUAUGUUGCAAAUGCUUAACUACAGGAAACGAAAUAGCGCCUUAACAACAACAACAGCUGCUGGAACUGAAUGCUGCGCACCAUCGUCUUGCUUGCUGGAAUUUCUGUUGCACUUCAGCUCUUACGCAGCGAACGCUUCAUUAUUGUGCUUCAUAAUCUACAUUCUCGUCUAUCCAGUGCAAUUUCUUACACAGCGCUCCAUAGCGAUCACAUUGCCUAUCAUGAAAGACGAUCAACGCUCAUUGGAAAUUCUAAUUUAUGUAGCCGUACUUUUGAAGUUGUUCUUCAUUUGCGUUCAUUUUUGGCGUAUCAGUCACUUUGAUCUCUUUCUCAUUGACUGGGAGCGUCCGCGUAGUUGUGAGGCCAAUCACUUUACCUUGAAGAACAAUCUGGAGACGUCUUCCGUGUGUUCUAGUGUACGCACAUAUACCACCGAAAAUGUUUCGACGUGGCGCAUAAUUUUUAUAGCAAACGAAUGGAUACGUUUGAGUGCGAAACCGAAGUAUUCCGCAGCCUGGCAAGGACUACUGGUGCUGCCACUGGCGCAGAUAUUUCUAACAGCUCGUUGGAUCAGCCAAGAUCUCGCUUUACAGUUAUUCUUCAUUGUUACUAUCAGCAUUCUGAUCUACAGCGCUCAACUUCUAGCGCGUAGUUUCAUUUUGAACCGACUUUUCGGUGAUCCUCUUCAAAAAUUCAUCGAUCUGUGCUCAUUAUCGAAUGUAUCUGUAUUCAUGCUAUUAGAGCAGAGCUUCGGUUACUAUAUACAUGGCAGAUCGCCUAAUGGUUUUGCAGAUACUGACAUGUACUCGAUGCUGGCACAAAUGCAACGCAACUCACAGCAUCGUUGCAGUCGCAAAGGUUUACUAGGUGAUUCGGAUCAGCAGAGUUAUAUCAUAUUGCCACCAUUGAAUUUACGCAUAUAUUUUGAAAAGUUGCUAGCGCCUUAUCAGCGAUCUUAUAGCAUCUCUCAGGCACAUUUUCAAAAGGAAAUCAACACAAUUGAUGCGGCAAUGGAACGCAGCUCAGCGACUUUUAAUAGUCUAAACCGCUUUCUGUGCGCAUUCAUCGAUCACGCUAUCAAGGAUAUGGAUUACAUUAUAAAAGAGAAAACUUUUAUUGAGAAAUUAUUGAAUUGUGAAUGUGAUAAUUAUCUAACCGAAAAUAAAGGCACAUUCUACAUUGAUAAAGAGAAAUCGUUUGGCCAGUUACUGUUGUACGGCAACAGUUUAAAUCUCUUCAUUAUGGAAUUGUCCUUGCUCCUAGCAGUUUAUAUGCUAACGAAUAAUUUAAUUGCAGCUGUAGCAGUCGUCUAUAUACUUAAUAAGCUUCUACAACAUAUCUACAUAAAGUGGACACGCCAAAAUGUAACAAAUAAAACUUCCAUCGAUCAACGGUUUCUAAUGUAAAGUGAGGGGUGCUUGCGUGCAACACAAUUGCCAUAAUUUUAGCUUACAUUAUACACAUUUUGCCAAUAAUUUAAGAACUUUGUAAUUUAUAUUUCAAUAAUCGCCAAAGAAAUGUUGAACUCUAGUCAUUGUUUUACAUUAAAUAUCCAGUUGUUUAUUAUUAUUAUGAAUUCAUAUUUUUUGUUUGCUUAGAAAUAGUGCAGUAGACAUUAGAUUUUCAUUAACAUAUUACACAUGCAUACGCACACAAACAUAUGUCAUGUACAUGCAUUGCCUAAACUAAACCAUC